AUGGAAGAAGCAGUUGGAGGAGCAGUGCAUGUCAACAGUGUGAUCAGACAGGAAUUUGAGACGUCGUUUGACGAGUACAGUGCUGGGGAGUCGGCCAAGAGGUUUAUAGCGUUGGAGGUUUCUGAUAAUGAGGACGAUUAUAACUCUUCGGUGGAUUCAUUGCACGCUGUGUCGAAGGUGAGCACGAACACUGUUCUCGGGCCCCUUGCGGAUAAUGGAACGGAGAAUAGGGAUUUGGACAUACCGGAGUCGAUUUCGACGGUUACGCAGUCGUACUAUGGGUCCGGUAAUAACAAUGGCAGUAUGACUGGGAACAGCAGUGCCUUAGGACCGGCGUCGGUGUCUGUUGGUAACGACAGUAACAGCAAUAAUAAUAAUAAUAAUAAUAACAGUAAUAAUAAUAAUAAUACCAAUAACAACAGCAACAAUAACCCUAGCCUCAGGCCGGUUAAAGACGAGAAGAAGAGAUGGUCAUUCAUCAGUGCUAAUAGCUCAAAUAAGAAACGGUGGUCUACGCUAUCGUUCGUCAGCGACACGAAAUCGAAUAAAAGGUUGUCGAUUGUGAGCAGUGACUCUUCCUCGAAGAGAUCUAGCGUUCAGUCCCUGAGCCAGCAAUCUUCGAGCAACAAGCUGAAAAGAUCGAGCACGGGGGCAUCGCUGAGAUCCAUGUUCAACAAGAUUGCAUUGAAGGACGAAGAUAAAGAGAAUACAAACACCAUACUGCAUCACAAACGUGUGCAAUCGACAACAGUUGCAAGUACAGUCAAUGUCACGGCACAGGCACAGAUGAACCCUCCCGCCAACUCAAAUAGAAUUCCCUUGAGCCAAAUUAACCAGAACACGAGGCGUGAACAGAGGUUCAGUACGAUACCGGCAUCGCCAUCAAUGGACAACAUGAGUAUGUUCUCGCAACAGAGCAAUGCGUCUAUGGGAUCCAAAUGGAAGUUCUGGAAAAGACGUGCAGGCGAUUUCCCACAGGACUCGCGUUACAUGCAAGAUCCAAACACAUCAUCAUCAUCAACAACAACAACGUCGAUGCGUACCAAAACCUCGCUGUCAGACCUAAGGAAAUCGAUCUUCCAAAACAGUAUAUUAGGCACGGACCCGAAUUCCCAGGAUUUGAAAUCCAGAAGAUCACAUUCUUCAUUGCAUCACAAGACUUCGCAAUCCUCUUUGAAACAGAAGACGUCUCAUCCGUCAUUGAAGAAGCUGCAAAGCAGCAGAAGAAACUCAAGCAUUGCAUCCAACGAUUCGUCGCCGCAGAUUUCGUUGCCUAUCCCGGACCAGGUUUCCCGUGAUAAGAUCAGAACUAAGCUGAGACAUUCGAGCUCGCUGAUUUCGAUCAAUAGUAACGUUGUUGGCGGAUCAGUUAUAAUUGCCGAAACAGACGAAUACGAUGAAUCUGUGUUACAGCAGAUUUUGGACCUUUGUACCGUCAAGGAGAUUGUGUCAUUCGAUUAUUCGCCCACGCUAAGACAAUUGGACCACUACAUUUACAUCGACUCCUCGAACUCGACCAUCUACAAAAUUGUGCCCUUGGACAAUGAUGACAGAGAAUGCAAGAUGACAAGACAAAUGAGACUGCAAGAGCUGCAACUGACCAUGUUGCUGAAUGGCACACCAGGUUUCACGAACGUUCUUGACGUCAAACUGGUUAGAAGAGAUAACGACCAGACUUUGUUCCUAGUGUACCACAUGAAAAACCACGGCAAGAGCUUAAACCAGCUUAUCGCGAGCGAGCACAGGCAAUUCACUGUUGCCGAAAUAAAAGACAUUAUCACCCAAUGCAUAAGAAUACUCUAUGUCGCAGAAACAAAAUUCCAAUUCGAGCAUAGACUGCUGACGUUAGAUCACGUUCUGCUUGACUCUAACAAGAAUGUCACCCUCAUUGACUACAAGUUGUCAAGAGCUACUUACGGAUCCCAGGUUCUGUUCACUAGACUGGACCACCCACUGUUCUUCGAGUUCAGAAAGGACUACAAUUCAAUUUUGCAGUGGCUCAGACAAUCCAUGACCGUAGAUAGCUGGUCUCUAUUCUAUCCAAAGACCAACCUGGUGUGGCUCAACUAUAUAAUAUCGAAACUACUGCAGCAUUGCAAAGACCCUCAAACGAAUUCCCCGCUACUGAACAAGAUCCAGGCCAGCCUGGAAUCCACCAAAUCAAGAAAGUUGUGGAAACGUCACGAUGGGGUUGUUGAAAGCUGUGCAGACAUUGUCAGCUAUUUGUAA